AUGCCAGCCCAGCAGAAGAAGAUCAUCUUUUGCAUCGCCGGGGUGCUGAGCCUUGCCUGCGCGCUGGGGACGGCGGCUGCCAUCAGCACGCAGCGGUGGGUGACGGGGAUCCUCUGCAAGACCGGAGCCCUGCUUGUCAACGCCACUGGCCAGGAGCUGCACAAGUUCAUGGGGCACAUCCAGUACGGGCUGUUCUACGGGGAGCGCGUGCGGCAGUGCGGGCUUGGGGGCAGACCUUCCCAGUUUUCAUUUUUUCCAGAUCUGCUCAAAAUUAUCCCUGCAAGUAUCCAUGUUAGUGUCAUUCUCUUCUCUACGGUACUGGUCGUCUUUGCUCUGGUGGGAACAGGUUUCUUCAUGCUCAAUGCUUUCAGCAGCCCGUACGAAACCCUGCACGGCCCCGUUGGGUUGUACCUCUGGAGCUUCAUCGCCUGUAAGUGUCCCCACCCCGGCCGGCCAGGCUGGCACUGGCCACAUUCGGCUACUGGUUCCUGCGGUUGCCUCAUCAUGAUUCUCUUCUCUUCAGAAGUGAAAAUCCACCACCUUUCCGAGAAAAUUGCUAAUUUCAAAGAGGGAAGCUUUAUAUUCAAGACUCACAGUGAACAGUUUGCAAAUUCCUUCUGGAUCAUCCUCGUUUGCUCCCUGGUGCACUUCCUGAAUGCCUUGUUGAUACGAUUUGCUGGAUUUGAAUUUCCUUUUUCAAAAUCAAAGGAUUCAGGGACAACCACGGGAGCGGUUGACCUGAUGUAUUAG